AUGUCGGGCUCCACCUCUGCUGACCUCUACCUGCAGCUACAUGCAAUCGCUGCCUCUGGCCACUGUCAUUGUUAUCUCCUACCACCGCCUUUGAUCACUGACCACCGUCUUCCAUGGCCUCCAUCAGUCACCGCCGCCAUCACCCAACCACUACCACCAGUGACCUCCUCGUUGAUCGUCGCCACCAUCACCAUCAGCGACCACUGCCAUAGCUUUCACCUCCUACCACCACCUUUGAUCAUUGACCACCGUCUUCUAUGGCCUCCUCCAACGGUCACCGCCAUCAUCAUCAUUGCCAACCACUGCCACCAAUGGCCUCCUCUUCGAUCAUCACCGCCAUCACCAUCUGCAGCCACCGCCAUAACUUUCACCUCCUACCACCACCUUUGA